GUUGUUUAUUCGCUUGUAAGUCGGAUUGUUUCCUGUUCACGGUUAAGGUGUCAGUCGAGUGUUAGGAGGUUGUGCAGGUUCAGUCGGUUGUCGGGCUAUUCAUAAUGUCGGGUGAUUGUUUCAAGUGUGGGCGUUCUGGUCACUUUGCUCGUGACUGCCAGUCAGCCCAAAGAGGUGGUAGAGGAGGCGGCGGUGGUGGUGGCUACCGUGGUGGAGGCGGAGGUGGACGGGAUCGUGAUUACAACGAACCUCGUCGAGACGGCUGUUACAACUGCGGUGGGUCGGGUCAUAUUGCUCGGGACUGCACUAAUGGUCGUGGAUACGGGUAUGGCGGAGGGGGCUAUGGUGGUGGCCACGACAUAUGUUUCAACUGUGGUGGAACGGGACACUAUGCGCGAGAUUGUACUAAUGGAAGACGAGAAGGUGAUGGCUCUUAUAAUGGUGGUGGUGGUGGUGGUGGUAAUGGACGUGAUUGCUACAACUGUGGUGAGUCGGGCCACAUAUCUCGAAACUGCCCAAAUAAUAAUGACAGAAGAAAUGACGGGGGUGGCCCAAAAUGCUACAGGUGUAAUAAGUACGGUCAUAUUGCACGAGAUUGCACGGAGAGUGGAGGUUCUGGUCCCCAGUGCUAUAAAUGUCAAGGCUACGGUCAUAUAGCAAGUCGAUGCAAUGUGGAGGCGUGAAUGUGAUGUAUGGGAUGGACUUCGUCGUAGUACUCAGUGCCCGAAAUCACUGUUUCUCUCCACAAUCACUGGCGAAUGCAUUAAACACUGAAUUUAUGCUCCUUGAUAAACUUUUUCACGUUACGUUCGUUUGGUGGUUUUUGAUUUCCUGGCUGGACUAAUGAGUUGUGUUGUAUUACUGUGGGGUGACAAACAUCAGUGCUGUGAAGUAUGUUUGCUAGACGUCAGUUACGGCGACAUUGGGCUUCAAAACUGCGUAGUGGGUUGCUUCAUGCUGGGCUACAGUGCUGUCGACACGUUUGCAGGCGCAUCGGUGGCAAUGUGUGGUACGUGCAAGGGGUGGCCAUUUCUGCUCGCCGUUUAUUUCGAUGAUUUGCUAAGAGAAGAGACUACGCCGACGAUCUUCAAAUCGUCCUAUAGAAGAGAAAAAUAUGCUGUCAGAUCAUCAUGAUGAGAAUGAAUAAAUGACCUCGUAUAAAAAUAAUUUAAUAUCUUAAGGGGAUAAUAAUUGAAACGGGAAGGAAACUUGGAUCUCGAAAUUUCAUCUUUCUGAGUUUACAACAAUAACUGGAUAAUGCUCAACAAUUAGGGGGAUCGAAGUGCUGAUUGAAUUCAAUGAAUCAUUUUUUGAUAUGGUCACCCAAACUAAAUAUUACGAUAGUAGAUGUUAGCUAGUUGGAGACUGGAUUCAAUGAUCACAUUAUCCUUUUAACGAAAUUCUUCAAUUAAGAAUACAUUUAAUUAUUUAUAUUCUGAUGAUUAUAUUGAGACAUUGAUUUCAACUUUCAUUUCUUCUAAUGCAUAUUUUAAUCAAUCAUUUGUUCUAGUUUUGUGAUUUCUUCACUGUCUUCUUUAUGACACUUAUACACACUAAAUAAAAUCAUUAGUUGGAGAUUUCAGUCUAAAGUAGUAGUAGCCUUGCAUUGAUGUAUGCUUUAUUCUUUUCAUCAUUUGAUUUUGACAACAAAAAUACUACUGUGAUAAUUUUCACUUAUUUCUGUUGAUUUCCUUACAUGUCUACCAGGUCAUAUGUUGUUUAUCACGACCGUUUAAUAUAGACUACGAGGAAUUUAUACGUGGGUGUAUUUAUUAUUUAUAUAUUUCUCUGUUUGUGUGUGUGUGUGUGUGUAUGUAGAGGUAUAGUGUUGAGUUAUUUUAAUGAUCGAUGAAUAAUG